AUGCCUUCAGAAUACGUCAUUGAGGCAGCUGCGACAGUCAAGCUGCCGAAGAAUGUGACUGUCCCGGCUGUUAUUGCAUUCGGAGAUUCGAUUGUUGAUACCGGCAACAACAACGAAAACUUCAAGACAUUUGCACGCUGCAAUUUCCUUCCCUACGGAAAAGACCUCAAGGGAGGAAUGCCAACUGGCAGAUAUUCCAAUGGAAAGGUUCCCACAGACUUCAUAGUGGAAGCAUUCGGAAUCAAGGAGCUGUUGCCGGCAUAUUUGGAUCCAACCCUGCAGCCUAAUGACCUCCUUACCGGUGUUGUCAUAGCUGCCGGUGGUGCAGGUUAUGAUCCAUUGACAGCAAAACUUGCGGCAGUUGCAUCGCUAUCUGACCAAUUGAAACAGUUCAAGGAGUACAUAGAAAAGCUAAAAGGAAUUGUUGGAGAGGAGAAACGACUAGAAUUUCUGAUGCCUUAAGCGUAAUAGAAAAUCACCGUCAGCAAAAUUAUGG